AUGGCAGCCACGGCCGAGACGACGACGACUCCAGCGCAUGCAGCGCAUCCCCAGCAGACCUGGUCACGAUGGACGCCCUCGCUCCCCAUCAGCGUCCUAGACAUGCUGAACCCAUUUGCCGGGAACAGCAACACCGAUCCGAAACAUACAUCCAAAGAAGUCGAACCCGAGACAGAUGUUGCUCUGAAGCGACCCAUCCUUUCCGCCGUCCAAUUCGACGCCGGCCCGCCGUCGCCGACGAGGAGCAACGGAUCAGUCAUGUUUGCGGAGCCAGAUACGCGCAGUACCAGUGAUGACUCGCGUGAGGGUAGUGUCGAUGGUGUCACGCGAAGAUUGAAGAAGAGCAGUCGCCCCAAGACCAUGUUCAGCAUAUGCCAUCCACCUCCCGAAUCGAGAAUGAAGCAGAAGCUGCACCGACGACCGAGGGCGCUUUUGCAAUUGCACAGACUACAAGCAGCAAAGCGACCUUUACCGGCAUUGGAGGUGAUCCCUUCAGCGAACUUUAGCAUUCGCCUGACUCGAGCCAUCACGAAAGUGAUCAAGGCGAGACAUGCAAUGUGCCCGAACGAUCUGGUUGUCCUCAAGGCGGAGAAGUACAGUACAGAGGAGGCCGACGAGGAGCAAGAAGCUCGAGAUGUUGUGGGGCUGAUAUGCAAAGGUCGCAAGGAUGAGGAAAAGGCCAAUGCGGGCAAAAUGUUUAUUCACAUGGCGUCAGGUAGAAUAUGGGAGGCAUAUGCGACUGCCAUUGGUGGCUAUGAGUGUUGUACAGUGGACGAGCACGGUUUGGAGACGAAAGUACGCUGGGUUCCGAAGAAGAACAAGGAUGGCAGCAAGACCGAUAAGCACGGCUUCAGACGAUUCAACUUCAGCACAAUAUCACCAAACAGUCGACGUCACCCUGUGAUUGCGACCUUGUCGAAAUCGGGAUUAGACGUGAACGACACCUACAAGCUGCCCGACGCGGCAGCCGCCACCCCGCUCAGUACGCCCAAACUCGAGACGACGAUCCUGGAGAACGCCAUGGACGAUGAUGCUGGAGGCAAGGAACUUGAGACUGACGAUACGCUGCGCGAAAUCAUUUCGGUGACUGCCAUCUGGGUUACGUUCAAGGAGGGCUGGUCACCAAGCUUCAGAUUCGACGGUAAACAGAAGGACCAUCUCGAAGUGACUGCAGAGUCGCCCCGAAAAUCUUUCGCCAGCCCAGUCGCUACGCCUCCAGGAUCCCCCGCAAACAUGCCCAUCGACAAGCGUGGCAGCCUCAAAAGUAUGGGAUCUGGUAUUAUGCGAAGAGCGAGCGUGCUCAGUCGAAGCAAUCGCAGCAAUCGCAGCAGCAUCGCUUCAAUGCCAGAAGCCGAGCCGAACUCGCCUACACCUAGUCGGAGCGCCAGUGUGAAUGCCGGUAGGGUCGGUCGCGCACGUGCAGACUCUUCCAGUACAGUGCUAGUUCAUCGUGCGGCAAGCAACAGGCGCAAGAAGAAUGAACCAAGCAGCUUCCGACCAGAUCUGGUCCUCGGCAACGAUCUGCACGAGACUUCCAGAGAAGAUCUGGCGCGGGAGUUUAACGGCACCUCGGAAGCGAAGAAACAGCCGCCACAGCUACAACAGUCACCUCUUGCCAACGUAGAAAUCCCGGAUAGCACACCGACGGUAGAGGGCACCGUAGCCGUCACGAAGACCGCAGAUGCGCUGUACAUCGGCUUCAACAUCUUCAUCAUGCACAACCUACGAUACCUAAGAAAAAGCCAGAGAGCCAAUUCACAGAGUGUGUGCGCGUGUAGCUUGCGCCGUUUCUUAGCUACCUAG